AUGGGCGGCCAGCAACGAGAGCGAGGAACGCGCAGCGGCCGCCAGCAACGAGGGCGAGAUGUACAAGCCGGUGGCCACAGCGGCAGCCACAAACGAGGGCGGGAUACGCAAACAGGUGACCGAAACGACCGCCACAAGCGUUCCAGAACGUAUGCAUCGAGGCCCACUCCCCAAUACGCGUAUCAUCAUCAUCAUCAUCAUCAUCAUCAUGAGUCUUCAUUUCAAUCUCCUAAUAGGGCUCGUCCUCGUCCUCGUCAUGGUUGUCCUCCUCCUUCUCCUCGGAGCCAACAAGGAACGAGAACACCAACGAACAGUGGCUCCGGAAACAACUGGAACUCGGGAUCGAAGAGGCAGCAACGAACCACUACUUAG